CUAAUGUCUAUGGCUUCGAAUUCUAACGUCAGUCAGCGUACGUCAAACUGUCAACUGUCAUUCAGUUUGACAUUAGUAAUGUUGAAAAAUAUUCUUGAAAUAUUCAAAUUAAACUGCCGAAUUCCGAAAACGGAAAAAGUAAAAAGUCAAAAAAUUUUUGAAGUGAACUAAAAAAUACAGGUUGUGCUUUAAAUUAUAAAAAUACAAAUAGAGGUAAGUUAAUUUUGCAUUUGCAAUGAGGCAUAAAAAGAUAUAAUGUCUUCAAGGUUUAAAUUUAAUUUAUUUAUGUGUACUUAUUUUUCUAGUUUAGAAAUGGAGAGACUGCGCGCCAGCCAGGAGCAAUUUUCUGCUCUUAUAGAAUUCAUGGAAAGGUAUGGUGACCUCUCUCGACCACAGCGGGGACCUCAGGGUCGACUAAAAGCCGACCAAAUGUGGGCAAGGCUCACAUUAUUACUUAAUUCAGUUGGUGGUGGGGUUCACAAAUCACAAGAGAAGUGGAAGAAAGCGCCACCAGUACCAAGGGAAGAACCCAUUCCUGAAGAUGUGGAAAUUGAAAUUCCUGUAGGCUUAGAGAAUUUUAAUUAUAAUACAAGUGUUCCAACAUUGCCAGCAUCACCGCUACUGCUAGACCCACAGCCCUCACCACCACCACCACCAGUACGUCCGCCGCCCCCUCUACCGCGUUCUCCUCCGCGUCCCACUGGUCGACGGUCUUCGGCGUCACCGCGAUCUGCGACUGCCUCGCCGCGACAUGGGAUGCAGAGAGCUCGCAGGAAUCGCGGCUUAACGCCAUUUGACCGGGCCGCUACAGAAUUUGUGGCGGUUGAACAACGACGCCUUGCACUGGAGGAGACGCGAGAGAAGCUUUCCCAUGAGCGAGAAAGGGAAAGGGAAAAGCUUCUCCAUGAACGUGAGAGGGAGCGUGAGGAACUUUUCCACCAAAGAGAAAUGGAGCGACUGCGGCUGGAGUCGCUAAAGGUUGAGGCAAAUCGCGAGCAAACUAGGGUGAUGCAGCAAAUAGCUGUUAUCGGGCAAAGGUUGCUCGAGAUAUUGCCUCAAGGGCCCGCAUCUUAA